AUGGCUUCCACACCAGUUCCACAGCCUCCUCCUAAGAAAACGGUGGCCUCCCAUGUGCCUUUUGCAGAUCUGUGUACUACUCUGGAGCGAAUACAGAAGUGUAAGUCUCGCCCAGAGAAAGCCAAGUAUUUCAAGGAUUUUCUGGAUUCCUGGAGGAAAUUCCACAAUGCACUUCAUCAGAAUGAGAAAGACGUCACCGAUUCCUUUUAUCCAGCUAUGCGGCUUAUCCUUCCACAGUUGGAAAGAGAAAGGAUGGCAUAUGGAAUCAAAGAAACUAUGCUCGCCAAGCUGUACAUUGAACUGCUUCAUUUACCAAAAGAUGGAAAAGACGCCGCAAAGCUUUUAAAUUACAGGACACCUACAGGCUCGCGUGCAGAUGCUGGGGAUUUUGCAAUGAUUGCAUACUUUGUGCUAAAACCUCGCAGCCCCAAACAAGGCAGACUCACGAUAGAACAGGUCAAUGAACACUUAGAUGCCAUAGCUAAUAAUAAUGUUGCUAAAAACAAGGGUCAGUUAAAGAAAAGUCUUCUUCAGUUAAUUACGCAGAGCACAGCGCUGGAACAAAAAUGGCUCAUCCGGAUGAUCGUAAAGGAUCUAAAGCUUGGUGUGAGUCAACAGACCAUAUUUUCCAUUUUUCAUCCCGACGCUGCUGAAUUACACAACGUCACAACUGAUUUGGAAAAGGUUUGCAGACAGCUGCAUGAUCCCUCUGUCUCACUUAGUGAUGUUUCUAUCACGUUGUUUUCUGCCUUUAAACCAAUGCUUGCUGCUAUUGCAGAUGUCCAGCAAAUUGAGAAGCAAAUGAAUAACCAAACAUUCUACAUAGAAACUAAGCUGGAUGGUGAACGUAUGCAGAUGCACAAAGAUGGGGAUGUCUAUAAGUAUUUUUCCCGAAAUGGGUUUGACUAUACCCAGCAGUUUGGUGCUUCACCCCUUGAAGGUUCAUUAACGCCAUUUAUUCAUAAUGUAUUUAAGAGCAAUAUACAAAACUGCAUUCUGGAUGGUGAAAUGAUGGCUUACAAUCCUGAGACACAGACUUUUAUGCAAAAAGGAAACAAAUUUGACAUAAAAAGAAUGGUGGAGGACUCUGAUCUGCAGACCUGCUUCUGUGUGUUCGAUGUAUUGAUGGUCAACAAUCAGAAGUUGGGCCACGAAGUGCUAAGCAAAAGAUAUGAAAUCUUAAGUAGUGUGUUUACCCCAGUAAAGGGCAGGAUACAUGUUGUACAGAAGAAAAGUGCCAGAACAAGAAAGGAAGUAAUUGAUGCUUUAAAUGAAGCAAUAGAUAACAGAGAGGAAGGGAUUAUGGUGAAGGAUCCCAUGUCCAUCUAUAAGCCUGACAAACGUGGGGAAGGCUGGUUAAAAAUCAAGCCAGAAUAUGUCAAUGGACUGAUGGAUGAACUAGACCUUUUAAUUGUUGGUGGUUACUGGGGUAAGGGGUCACGUGGUGGAAUGAUGUCUCAUUUUCUGUGUGCUGUUGCAGAGACACCUCCUCCAAAUGAAAAACCAAUCAUUUUCCACUCUAUUUGUCGUGUUGGCUCUGGCUAUACUAUGAAGGAGUUGUAUGAUCUAGGUUUGAAACUGUCCAAACACUGGAAGCCCUACCAUAGGAAGGACCCUCCCUAUAAUAUUUUGUGUGGAACUGAAAAACCUGAAAUGUACAUUGAACCUUGCAACUCUGUCAUCGUUCAGAUCAAGGCAGCUGAGAUUGUUGACAGUGAUAUGUAUAAAACUGACUGCACUUUGAGAUUCCCCCGAAUUGAGAAGAUAAGAGAGGACAAAGAAUGGUACGAGUGCAUGACUUCAGACAUGUUAGAAGGUCUCAGAAGCAGAGCACAAGGGAAGCUGGCGUCUAAGCACCUUCAUAUAGAUGAGUAUGAUGAGCCACGUGAGAAAAAAAGGAAAACUGUGCCAAAGGUGAGGAAGGUAAUUGGAAUAGCUGAGCAAUUUAAAGCUCCUGAUCUUUCUAGUGUAAGCAAGGUUUCAAAUCUAUUUGAAGAUGUUGAGUUUUGUGUUAUGACAGGAACAGGAAAAUACUCAAAGUCUGAGCUGGAAAGCAGAAUAGCCCAAUGUGGUGGCAGUGUGGUACAGAACCCAGGGCCAGAGACUUACUGUGUCAUUGUAGGAGCUGAGAAUGUCAGAGUGAAAAACAUCAUCGCUUCCAACAAAUACGAUGUGGUGAGGGCAGAGUGGCUCCUGCAGUGUUUUCAAACCAAAAUGCUGGUGCCUUGGCAACCAGCCUUUAUGAUUCACAUGUCUCCUGACACAAAAGAACAUUUUGCACGUGAAUAUGAUUGUUAUGGAGACAGCUACACAGCAAACACAGAUGUUGCACAGCUCAAGGAAGUGUUCUCGAGAAUCAGAGACAAUAAGGCGAUGCCUUUGGACACGAUUGCAGAGUUAGAAGAGCGUUAUUCAUGGAACAGUUGUCAGCUCAGUAUAUUCAGAGGAAACACUAUUUAUGUGGACUGUUAUGCUGUUGUUAAUGAGCCCCAAAGCAAAAUCCAUGGAACGACACUAUCGACUCGAGCUUUGGAGCUCCGUUUUUAUGGUGCAAAGGUAGUCUCUCACCUUGCAGAGGGUGUUUCCCAUGUUGUCAUAGGAGAAGAUCAUUCCCGGAUAGAAGAGAUGAAAGCACUCAGGAGAACAUUUGGGAGGAAAUUUAAAAUUGUAUCUGAGCUGUGGGUAACACAGUCAGUGGAGGAUGGAGUCGCAAAGAAUGAAAAUCAGUACCUACUUUAA